UGUUCUAGAACGCGAAUCCGAUCUCUCCACGGGCGAAUGGGGAGAUUUGGUGUGCAGAAUAUAUAACUGGAGUGCUUGGACGUCGCGGCUGGAAAAAACAUUCUGCCCCUGAUUUGCAUAUGUGUGUAGCGGUUGUGGUUCAGAUAGGCUGAUUGCUUCAUCCCGGUUGGAAUGGCUAUGGCCGCCAAGAAGGUGGUGCUGCUGCUGAGCCUGCACGAGAACGACGCCAAGGAGAAGCGCAAGGUGCUCAAAGCAGUUUCCAAUUUCCCCGGCCUCGACCUGAUCGCCAUCGACAUGAAGGAGCGCAAACUGACGGUGGUCGGCCUGGUGGAUCCGAUCGAGCUCGUGACCAAGCUGCGCAAGCUCUGGCACGCGGACAUCCUCUCCGUCGGCCCGGCCAAGGACGGCAAAGCAGCAGCCGAGGACCAGAGAGACGGCGGCGUAAUGGAAGAGGGCGACAAGCAGGGGCACCAGGAGGUGACGCCGGCCAAGCAGGUGGAGAGGCCCGCCGACGACAUGCGCUCGUGGCCUCAGGCGGUGGUCUACCCACCGCGGUACCCGCCCCCCUACCACCAACCCCACCAGUACGUCGCCGGCGGCCACGGCGCGCAGGAGAACCACCCCCACAACGUCGCCGGCGGCCGCGGGGCGCCGGAGAGCCACCCCACCUCCUACGUCGCGCACGGCCACGGCGAACGGGAGCUCCUCCCGAACACCUACCCCUACGCCGCCCGCGGCUACGGGGCGCAGGAGAACCCUCCCAACGGCUGCGCCAUCUGCUGAUGAUGAACUGAUCAUGAGCAUGUCGCGGCUACGGGGCGCAGGAGAACCCUCCCAACGGCUCCCUCGGAAAGAGGCUGGGCGAGCGGGCGGCGCGGUGACGCCGAUGGUGCGCGGGUCGCGGCCAGCGCUCAGGAGAACAGAGGAGUCAGGGCCCGCGAUUGGGUCGAUCGCGGCCGCAGAGAUCCGAUCCAACGGAUGAUAACGAUCCAGGGUGGACGGUAUUUCAUUUACCGUCCACCCCGGACGGUAUCUCCUUCACCGUCCACCUGGUAGUAGCCGCGCAACGCCAGGCCGGGGCAUUGGAGCAUCACGGGCGUCCUCCGGGAGCAGAGUCCCACAGGUACGGCCUGGCGGCCGGCUCCGCAGCGUUCAAGCGUCCUCGCCUGCUUCUGUUGCGGCUCACUCGCGGUGUGCGGGCAAAAUCGUCGCCGGCGGCGGUCCAGUCCAGAACCCGCCGCCGGCCGGGCGCUCCGCGAGUGCGCAUCGCUGGCAUGUGGCUCCUCGAGAGAGGCGAGGGAUCUCCGUGUCGGGUUGGGUGGCCGCGCAGAGUCUCUGCCACCGCCAUCACAGGCCUCAGUCCCUUGGCCGAAUGGCCGUACGUGCUAGCGGGCGUCGGAUGAACCACGGACGCCAAGUUGCCAAUGGAGGGCCAGUAAAAAAAGCGACAAUUUGUUGUUUGUGUUUGGUCGACGAUCCCCUUUUAUGUUUG